AAUUUUUUUCCACUCAGCUGUCUCGUUUCUUCCAUCAUUUGAUUUAAUGAUCUUAUCAUACGGGCUUGUGUUUUAUUACAAUUUUUCUAUACAAAAUUUGCACAUAAUUAGGUGUUAAUAUCGUGAGAAAAACUUUACAGUAGAUCACGUGUGUAAUGAGUAGAAGUUUGUUCCAAGUUUUAAUAGAUUGAGCGUUUAGAAGUAUUGAGCGAAUGUCCGAAUCACGGAAUAACGGCAAUGGUGGAGGAGGAGGAGAACCGGAGAAUGCAGCACCAGCCGAAGGACAACCCUUAGUGGCCACUAGCAAUCAACCGGCCAAUGCUCAAGCACCAGCACAGCAACCUUCCAGAUUCGAAUCAUUUUUCGCUAUCACGAAAUCUCUGAUAUUGCGAGCACUGGUCAUUUACUUCAUUUCGUCGUUCUUCCGGAGACCAGCACCGGACGCUGCUGUCAAUCAGACUGACGUAGGGAAGAGCAAAAUUGUGGCUUGGAAUCUUUUCAGCAAUGGCACUAUGUUCGAUCUGUACGUUUACAUAUCGGAACAUCCACAUUGGGUGGAUUUCAAUGAUCCCAACGCGCUGGUUUGGUUGCAAGAAGAUCUGAUGUAUGGUGAUUGGUACGGUGGACGAAACGGAGAUGGCAUUUUUACAGUUAAUACUCAAAUUAAAGCAUCGGAGCGGUUGAUGAACAACGGCUCGAUAUAUUUGCAUACGUUCGUAACAAGGGCAGGGAAAAGUCCCAAUCCGGCGGCCGGGAAUGAUUAUGCCGGAAAGAGCAUGGGUUAUGCCAGUGCCAUGCUGAGCAAGUAUAAAAAGAUUAAACGAGUCAAGACGCACAAUUUGCUGGCUGGUGAAAAGGAAAAGUUCGAAAAGGAACUGGAAAAUGCGCUGGUGGAGGAUCGGAUAUAUGCUCACUGGCACCCGAACUUGACAAUCAAUUUGGUAACGGAUCAAACCAAUUGGGCCAAAGGAUCAGUUCCGCCUCCGUUGGACGAGUAUGUGAAAUUUCUUCCAGGAGGUCAAACUUAUCUGCCGGUUAUUUUCUAUAACGACUACUGGAACAUGCUGAGAGAUUAUCAGCCUAUCAACAGCACGACACCGGUUUUGGACCUGAAUCUUUGCUAUCAGCCGUUGUCUUUGUUCAAAUGGCAACUCUAUGCAGCACAAACUAUGCGGAACAAAUGGACCAACAACAUUUUCGGGGAAGCCCUUACCGGUGGCACCGAAUCGGACGAGGAUCAAGACUCGUUGAAAGAGACUCUGCUGGAAACUAAUCCUUACCUGUUGGGUAUCACGAUUGCUGUUUCGAUUUUGCACAGUAUUUUCGAGUUACUCGCUUUCAAGAAUGAUAUCCAGUUUUGGAACAACCGAAAAUCGUUGGAAGGUCUUUCCGUUCGGUCGGUGUUUUUCAACGUAUUUCAGUCAUUGAUUGUGCUUCUGUAUGUGCUUGAUAAUGAAACUAAUUUUAUGAUCAAAAUAAGCUGCUUUGUCGGUCUCGGCAUAGAAGUGUGGAAAAUUCAAAAAGUAAUUAACAUAAACAUUAGUCGGGAGCACUUAGUUUUCGGCUUUUUGCCUCGAAUCAACUUUUCCGAUAAGGGAUCGUAUGUCGAUUCCAGUACCAAGCAGUAUGAUAAUUUGGCCUUCAAAUAUCUGAGCUGGUUGUGUUUCCCACUGCUGCUGGCCUACGGAGUCUACUCGGUCAUUUAUCAAGAGCACAAGGGAUGGUAUUCGUUUGUGCUGAACAUGCUGUACGGCUAUCUUCUAACGUUCGGAUUUAUCAUGAUGACGCCUCAGUUAUUUAUCAACUACAAAAUGAAAUCGGUGGCCCAUCUACCCUGGCGAAUGAUGACCUACAAAUUUUUGAAUACUUUCACCGAUGAUAUUUUCGCGUUCGUUAUUAAGAUGCCAACUAUGUAUCGGCUUGGAUGCUUCCGUGAUGAUAUCGUUUUCUUCAUCUUCCUCUACCAACGCUGGAUCUACAAGGUGGACUUGAAGCGAGUCAACGAGUUUGGGUUCUCGGCGGAAAUGCUUGAAGAAGCCGAUGCCAAGUCCAAGCAGUCGAAUAAAUUGACCGACGGAUCGGUGCAAUCUCCCUCGACAGUCAGUGCUAGCAGCACAUCGUCGGAUGAAGCCAAAAGUCUGCCUUCAUCGCCGAAUGCUGUCAAAAAGCGCAAAAAUAAAAAAUCAUCCAAAAAUGCGUCCAAGUCGCCUGACACUGCGAACAAAAAAGAAGAUUAGGAUCGAUUGUCUCAAGCAAUUAGGUAUAUUCAUUGUAUCAUUACGGACAGACACAGGCGAACAUGGACAGUACACAUACACUGAUGAAGAUAUAAAUUAUUGAAUACUUUGCUGUUGUUUAUCGCCUCAAUACCUAGUGGCGGCCUAGUGAAUUAGUAGAUGUGCUACUAUGGUUUUAGCUUCUCGACAACCGGCAGCCUAAUUAUGAUUCCCAGUAAUAUAAACGCAAACGCAGAACAAAAUAUUUGAAGCAAGAUGGACGGCAGAAACCUGCACUUCUACGGACGAUCGAACAAUUGUUUAUUGUAUCCACUAUUAUCAACAUAAUGAACACAGAAACAGUGCAGUGUUUCAAAGCAGAACAAACAAACAAAAAAUUGUGAAGAAAUAUAAAUCAAAUAACCUAGACAUAAUGUAGUGCGGUCGGUUACGGCAGCUAAUAAACUAGAUGUAUCACAUACCACAAA